UAGGAGCGCAGAGUGGCCAGCACACAAGGAGCCAUGGACAGCUUCAUGGAGUCACUGAACAGACUGAAGGAUGCCCAUGAGAGGGAGGUCCUGGGCCUGCAGAACAAGCUUCUAGUACUGAACUCGGAGCGGUACCGGGAUGCACGGAGAGUAGAGGAGCUCUUCGCCAAGAACCACCAGCUCCGGGAGCAACAGAAGGCACUGAAGGAGAACCUGAGGGUGCUGGAGAACAGGCUGCGGGCUGGCUUAUGCGAUCGCUGCAUGGUCACCCAGGAGCUGGCCAAAAAGAAGCAGCUGGAACUAGAAAGUGCACACCUACAGAGCCUGCAGCACCUCUGCAUCCUCACCAAUGAGAUGAAUGGACUGCGGGAGGAAAACAAGACCCUGAAGGAAGAAGUGAAGAGACUCCGGAGCCUGGGAGACAAGGCUGCACUCCAGGCCUGGGAGGACACUUCGGAGCCCCCAUCACCCAAGCCACUCCUUUCCCCUGGUAACCGGAAGGGCGCCACCGAGAACCCGCCAGGAGGCCCAGAGAAGGCUGAGGAAGAACCGCCAGGCGCAGAUAAGGUGCCGAGCCACAGGGCAUCUCCAGUGGCCAGAAUCUCCCCAGCUGCCAACCUGCCUGAGCCAAGGGCCCUGGACAUGAGCCCUCAGUGCAUCUCCAACCAACUGCACUCAACAGUAGCCGUGGUGCGGCCUGGCUCCCGGGCCUGCCCACCGGACUGUGGCAUUGCCAAUGGAACACCCCCGCCGCCAUCCGCCAGAAGCGGCCCACCCAGCCCAACAUAUGAACGUGGCUUCCCUGUGGACAGCUUCCUGCGGGCCUGCCAGCCGUCAGCCAUAGCCUACGAGACCCUGAAGCGCUCCCUUCAGACGGAUCGCCUCUGCCUCCUGAACCGCCACCUGCACAGCCCCCACAGCAGCCCCCUGGCUCCUGCUACAGCUGCCAAUAGCCCCCUGCCCCAGGGCCUGAAGACUAGAGAGGCCGAGGCAUGGGAGCCUGGUGCCUCGGUGGGCAUACAGGACCCACGGCUGGAAGGAGUAUUGCUGCUGCUGAUCCAGCAACAGCUGCGGGCACGGGCAGGCAGUGCCAGCUUGAGGGUCCCAUCGGCACAAGAAGACGCGUCACCUUCCCCACCAGCUGGCUCAGAUUCUGAGAGUGAGACCCCCAGGACAGCUCUAAGCACACAGGCCCAGCCUGAUGGGUGGCAUCCUCAGUCCGAAGGCCAAUGUAGCCCCACAGGGAAGGAGGAGACACAUGUGACCACUCAGGACUGCCCCCCAGACAAGCCUCUGGACCUGUCUGACCGGGGAAGGUGUAGGGACGUCCCCAGAUCCACUGGUCAACCUUUGCCACUCAGCAUCUCAGUUGUCCGCACUCACAGCCCCAAGCUGCCCACCUUGUUCAGACCUGUACCUCGUAGCCCCCAUACUCCCAGCACCACACAGAGCAGAGCUCAAGAGCCUGAAGAACACCCAGCUCCCCAGGACACCUCACACCCCCUCCCAGGGAUCCAUGCCAGCCUGGCCUCUCCUGGAAGGACAGCGGAGGAGGCUGGAGGAAGGCCCAGACCAGUACCCCACCUGCAGAGAUCUGACCCGGAUGGGACCACAGAGUCCAGCAAGCUCAGGGCACAGAGGCCAGAGUUGGAGCAACUGGAAGAGUCAGACACCAAGGUGGGCCUGACCUCUGAGGCCAGUGCAGAGCCAAGCAUGCCGGGACAGGGACACGCUGGGGACCACCAAGGAGGAUCACAACAGAAGAGGAGGCGGACCUCAGAUCUUCAGGACAAAGCCCCCAAGAAACCAUCUCAAGGGAAGAAGAAACCGAAGGAAUCUCUGACUCCAGCAGAUGGCCCCCAGAGCCCGAGGGACAUGGAGGAUUCCAGCCCCUCCCCAAUUAACAACUGCCAGGAGUCCUAACCCAUCAGACUGAGGGACACUUGCCCAGAGGUGGCUUUCUGUCACAGACUAUCGCUUGCACAAGUCAAACCACCCAACCUGAAGAUAGCCUGUAACAGUCAAUGCGGCCCGGGUUCUUCCUACUUCCAGAGGGGCUGGUGAGCCACACCCCCAUCACAGGUCUCUGGACAGCUCCUCCUCCUCCCAAACCGUAGGAAGAUGGCGCAACACCUGGAGGCAGGGCAGGGAAUGGGAGGAGCUUCGGUACAGCUCCACCCCCUGCUUUUUCUAGGAAACGCCCCCACCUCCAGGUGCAAAUGGGGGUCAUCUACCCUGCCGACUUUUCCAGCCAGGAAGGAAGCUUCGGGCAGCGGUCUCAGGCGCCCCCUUGUGGAGUCUGAGCAAAUGCAGCCAGCAAAGUGGAAAAAGGCGAGGGUGCCUAGUUAGAUGUGACCUCCGCAGAGCUCAGGGAAGAAUGUGAAUGGCAUUAUAUAUGCAGCUGGCAGGGCUGAGGCGUUAACCCCUUUAUGCAGGUGACCCAGGACUAACUGGAUCCAAGUGCACGAAGGCAGAGCAAAAGUAGCACUGGGUUCUGAAGAGCCGCUGCACACUAACAACACUGUGUUGGUGAGGCUGGUGUGUCAGAGUCUUUGCGUUUGAUCAG